GGCCGGGCCAACGGCAGAGGACGACGGGAGUUGCAGUUCUCCCCCUCAGAAGAGGCGCCGUCGGCAGCGGAGCGGCGCCUAGCAACGGCAGAAGGCCCGUUCCUCGGCCGGCGCGGAUGUGUAGGCCGCGUCCGUCCGCCUGAGGCGAAUGCGCAGGGAGAGGCGGCGGAAGCGGCGGGGACCGGGUAGCGCGAGGACGUGAGGAGGCCGCGAUGGGCUGCCGGUGACCGGCCUCUCUGCCUCCUUCUCCGGCCAUGGCGCCCAUGGGGAUCCGGCUGUCCCCUCUGGGGAUGGCCGUCGUGUGCCUGUUGGGCCUGGGCGUCCUCUACCACCUCUACUCGGGGAUCCUGGCCGGCCGCUUCGCCUUCUUCAUGCUAGGCGGAGGAGAAGGGGGGUCGGCGGGGGGCUCCGAGGCGGCGGACGGAGGAGUAGGAGGGGGGCUGCCGGCCUCGGGCACCGUGGACCUGCGGGAGCUGCUGGCGGCUUCGGUGGCGGCGGCGGCGAAAGGCGGCGCCGAGGUGAGGCGGGUCCGCGACAGCAACGUCCUCAACGAGAAGGCCAAGGGCAAGACCCGCGAAGGGGCCGACGAGAAGAUGACCAGCGGGGACGUCCUCUCCAACAGGAAGAUGUACUACCUGCUCAAGGCCGCCUUCCCGGGGGUGCAGAUAAACACAGAGGAACAUGUAGAUGCAGAUGACCAGGAGAUAAUUUCUUGGGACCGAACUAUUCCUGAAGCUAUAAAGAACCAAAUUCAGCCCAAAUUGGUCCAAGCAGACAGCGUGACUGUGUGGAUUGAUCCGUUGGAUGCAACUCAGGAAUAUACAGAGAACCUUCGACAGUAUGUUACUACUAUGGUCUGUGCAGCUGUAAAUGGCAAGCCAGUAAUAGGAGUAAUACACAAGCCAUUUUCUGGAUACACAGCCUGGGCGAUGGUUGGCGGAGGAUCAAAUAUUAAGCCUCGUUCUUCCUACAAUGAGCAGACACCAACAAUCAUUGUCUCCCGUUCCCAUGAAGGGAAAGUCAGGCAGCUUGCUUGGCAGACCUUUGGAAAUAAAACUGCAAUCAUUAAAGCUGGAGGAGCAGGAUACAAAGUUCUCUCGCUCCUGGAUGUGCCUGAGAAGGAGCAGGAAAAAGCCGAUGUGUACAUUCAUGUAACGUACAUCAAAAAGUGGGACAUCUGUGCUGGCAAUGCAGUGCUGAAGGCAUUAGGGGGUCAAAUGACUACACUGGCUGGGGAGGAAAUCAGUUACACGGGUUCCGAUGGCAACGAAGGCGGGCUCAUAGCUAGUAUCAAUAUAGACCACAGAGCACUGGUUGAAAAGCUCCCUGCAUUAGACAAAGCGUCUCAGAGCUAAAUUCCGAAGUGACCAAGUCAACUCGUGUUUCUGGAGCCUGCAAAUGGUCCUUUAGAGGUGGGGAAAUGUGCACUUGGCCUUUGGAAGAUGGCAGAGGAACAUCCUUUCGGAAAACUGCAUAGACCCUGGCAGCGUUCAGAAGCAAGGUUACUGGGACUUGGUCUCCUUACGCCUCAACACCAACCUUUUAAUUUUUGAGACUGUUUUGUGUCCAUUACGCAAGGCCAGAUAUGCUUGGAAGAGCACAAGCAUGUUACAGGUCUGGUUCUGGAAAACACCCACGUUCUGUUAUAGUAUUCUUUGUAUUGUGUGACAAAAGAAAAGAUUGGCUGUGGGUCACUUGAAAUCAGUGGAUAGGUCUUCUUCAUCCCUUUGGGAUAAAAGUUCCAAGAAGGCCGGAGCAUCUUCCUCGGACAAUUGUCUAAUCUUGGGUGCAAUUUGAAAUGGGAAAAGCAAAAGUUUGGGUCUAUUUUUAAUGUCUACCUGAAAAUUCAAACCAGCUUAAUGUGGAUGAGAGUGUUAAUAUUUGUGUGGUUUUAUUAUAACCUUUAAUUAUAGCAUUUUCUCUGUGUGUCAUGUUAAAAGAAGAGAUUUUCCCUUGUACAGUUUCAGCUAUUGAAUAUUGCCAUUCUAAGCUGCUGAAUUUCUUAAAAUUCUUUAACAUUCAGUGUUCGAGCUUCUAAAGAAAUCAUUUAUCUUUGGUGAUCAUUUAAUAAGCUACUUGGUAAGAGAGUGAGUGAUAUUUUGCCAGCGUAAAAUUAAGAUUAUGAAUUAUGUGCAGCUGUCUUUAUAGGGAAUCUAAAAGUGUCUUCCUGGCUGCCAUAACUGCUACACUAUGUGGACAUUUCCUUUGAAAGGCUUGACCCAGUUUUUGAUUUGUCAGUUCAAAACUCUCACCCUGUUGUGGUGCUUGGCGUUCAGUCUUUGCAGGAGAGUUGUAGGAAUUUGCCAAGGAUUCAGAGGAACAUGAGUGUAUUUGACAACUUGUUUUCUGCCCUUCAGACAUGCCCACCUCUUAAGAAACCAGCCUUUCUGCCCCUUUAUGUUAAAUAAAAUAAAAUAAACCCCUGUAUCAGUGUGAUGAAUAUCAGUGACUGUGAAAAACAAGAUUUUAAGCUCUGUAAAAAAAUAGGUCUGUAAUUUGCAAAUGAUUAACUGGUGUGAUUAAUCAAGGUUUGCAAACAUAUUAAAUCAUGCCCACCAACCCCAACAAGCAAAACCAUAUGAUUUGGGCCUCCUGGAUCUCUGGUGUACUGAUUCACAAUCUUUCCUGGAUGACACAAAGAGCUCUAAAAUACCAUGUUUUAAGUUGCAUAAGGCUUGUUAUCUGAAUGUGGCGGGGGACCCCAUGAAGUGUAUAUGCAACUCAUAAAAACAUGUCUUGUUUUCAGUUUUCCUACAAAGGAUUUUCUGGUGUUUUUGGUUAGUAUAUUAACUGGAUCGUUUUCAUUUUUAAAAACAGGUAAUUAGUAACUAACAGCGAUCCUACACACUUCUGCUCAGAAUAUAGUAGUAUUGUCUUCCACGGAGCUUAUUCCCAGUUAAGGUGCACAUAGUUUUAUAUAGCAGGGUUGAACUAUGGAACUCCCUGCCACAAGAGGCAGUGGUGGCCACCAACUUGCAACUUCCGCUCAGGAGUUUCCCUAGGCUAAGCCUGGCUUCACCCAGUGUACUCUGCACCCUCCUCAAAUGCUUUUGCCUGGCUGGGGAGUUUCCUUGAACAGUGAAUCUGCAUUGUCCAAUGCAAUUGUUCAAGAUGAAAUCUGUUCUGGGAAGAGAAGAAAUGAACACUGAACCACUGAUAUAGUACAAGUGAAUUCUUUAUUUACUGUGUUUGCGAGUGUUAAAGAUAAAACCUAUUUGGGAAAGAAACUAUAUUUGCCUUUUCAGUGGACCUUUAUUGUUUGUUUACAGAUACGGUAGUUGCCUUGGUGAUAUUAUCUUGUGUUGAUUGCUGUAUUGCCACCCUGAUCAUUGUUUUAUUGUUUAAAGCGGCAUCUUAGCACUUCCAAUGGAGUGUGAAUGUG